AUGGCAACAGCAUCUGAUGAAACAGCCUCUAUUUCAUCUCUUAUGACAACUAAUGGUAGCUCACCUUGCACAAACGGUAAUACAGCUUCCACUGCAUCAGUUGAAACAGUUACGAACACUUUCAAUUGGGGCAGCUAUCUCAAAACAACUGAUUCGCAUGCGGCUCCUGUCAGUUAUUUUCGUCAUGCACCACUGCAUAAUAUGUGGUCACAAUUAACACCAGGAAUGAAGAUUGAAGUCAUUAAUACAGAUUGUAGUGGCAGUCCGAAUGAUAAUAAAGAGAAAGUCUUUUGGUUUGCUUUUAUUGUUCGUGUGGAAGGUUAUUUAGCCCUAUUGCGCUAUGAAGGUUGUGAAGAUGAUUCAUCGAUGGAUUUUUGGUAUAAUCUUUGCAAUAAAGACGUUCAUUGUGUUGGAUGGUGUGGACAGAAUGGAGUAAAAUUAGCACCGCCGAGAACUAUCGAACAUCGUCAAACCGAUUGGAAAACGUUUCUUAUCAAUAAACUCGUUGGAUCAAAGACAUUGCCAGAUAAUUUUCGUCAAAAAGUACAAAUGUCACUUCGAUGUCCGUUUCGAAGAAAUAUGGUUGUCGAAGUGAUUGAUAAAUAUCGUGUAUCGAAUAUGCGUGUUGGAAAAAUCUCUGAAGUGAUUGGCGGUCGUUUGAGAAUCAACUAUGAAAACAGUCCUGGAGAACACUUCUGGGUACAUCAUACUUCGGAAUUGAUUCAUCCUGUUGGCUGGUCACAUACAACCGGACAUGAAUUAGAGGCAACCGAACAAUACAAGAAGGAAGCGAUCAAAAUGAUCGAAAUGAAUUCCUAUCCAGCCAACGUUGCGACAGAAGAUCUUUUCCGUAAAGUGCCGAUACCGUUAUCAAGUGAUGAGGAAUUUAAAGAAGGACAAAAACUAGAAGCUGUAGAUCCACUAGAAAUGUCACGUAUUUGUCCAGCAACUAUUGGCAAGGUACUCAAAGAUGGCUAUUUUAUGCUAUCGAUUGAUGGAUCAAGCGUUGAAGAUGGUUCAGAUUGGUUUUGCUAUCAUUCAAGUUCACGUCUGAUAUUUCCGAUUAAUUUUUGUAAACUAAAUAAUAUUCCAUUGUCACCACCCAUUGGUUAUCAAGGUGAAUUUCAGUGGGAUAGAUAUCUACGAGAAACCAAUUCAGUCUAUGCCCCACAAGAACUCUUUCAAGUGAUUAAAGAGAAAACUGUCAAUCCGUUUUCUGUGGGUAUGAAAUUUGAAGCUGUCGAUAUGAUGGCGCCACAUUUAGUAUGUGUUGCAACAGUUGCUGAAAUUGCUGAUAGUCUUAUACGUGUUCAUUUCGAUGGAUGGAACGAAGAUUUUGAACAAUGGGUUGAUUGUCAGUCGCCAAACAUUUAUCCAAUAGGUUGGUGUGAACUUGUUGGUUAUAAACUGGAACCACCCAAACAGCCGGAACAAGAAAAUUCAGGUAAACUUAAACUGAUUCCUAUGCAAAUCAAUCGUGCCGACUUUUUAGAAUCAACCAAAACACGCCCGAAAAAAUCAUCGAAUCGAAAGUCCAACAAACGAAAACGACUUAAUUAA